GGUUUAAAAUAGUCCCAAUAUAAACACUUAUUAUAGGCGUGCCGUAGUGAUUCAGGAAAAGACAAAAACACAGGCUGGAAGAUGGAUUCAUGAUGUACUCGCUCAUUAUCUACAUUUUGUAAAUUUUGAACAUAAAGAAAUUGUUCAGUCUCUGUUUACGUCUCUCUCGUCACAAAUAGAAAGUGAAAAUAGUUAGUUCUCCUGUCGCCAUUUUAAGCAGAUGAGAUACCAAUACGAUACGGAAAAAAAAACAGCGCAUCAAAGUGUAGAAACGUUUAUCAAAGUUUAAGCAGGAGUUUCAGUCUAUCUUUAUGAUGUUAAAGCUGGAGGAUUUGAGAAGCUGUAUCUUGUUAAAGUUUGAUCGCGAGAAGCGCUUUAGGAUCCGCAUCAAUAUUAGAAAAGCUUUCCAGCGCUGAAGAGAGCUAAGCGGGAAAGCCUGAAAACAGACGCGGAGGCUUCUUUGAUUCCUUCUCAUAGUCAGUGGAGGAGAUCAAACUCAUCAGAUUCUCCUGCAGCUUCAUCAUGGAUGAUUCACAAGGAUCCAGAGAUGGAGAUUUUUCUCCAGGAUGCAGUUCAGUCCAGCAGAAGAGCUCAAACCCAGAGUCCAGCUGUGUGUCUAUGAAGAGUGACGGAUCUAUGGAGAAGCCAAUAAAGUUUAAGAGUGGAGACACACGGCCUGAUCUCAGUUCAGUCCAGCAGAAGAGCUCAAACCCAGAGUCCAGCUGUGUGUCUGUGAAGAGUGACUGGUCUAUGGAUAAGCCACCAAAGCUAAAGAGUGAAGACACACGGCCUGAUCUCAGUUCAGUCCAGCAGAAGAGCUCAAACCCAGAGUCCAGCUGUGUGUCUGUGAAGAGUGACUGGUCUAUGGAUAAGCCACCAAAGCUAAAGAGUGAAGACACACGGCCUGAUCUCAGUUCAGUCCAGCAGAAGAGCUCAAACCCAGAGUCCAGCUGUGUGUCUGUGAAGAGUGACUGGUCUAUGGAUAAGCCACCAAAGCUAAAGAGUGAAGACACACGGCCUGAUCUCAGUUCAGUCCAGCAGAAGAGCUCAAACCCAGAGUCCAGCUGUGUGUCUGUGAAGAGUAACUGGUCUAUGGAUAAGCCACCAAAGCUAAAGAGUGGAGACACACGGCCUGAUCUCAGGUCAAAUCUUCUAUCCAGACCAGUUAAAAACAAAACUGUGUUCACGCCCGUGAUUCAACCACAAGACUUUAAUGAAAGCAUGAAUCCUGGUUUCAGCCAUGACUCUAAACCUGCUGAAGUCCUCAACACAUUGAGAUCAAAUCUGAGGAAGAAGUUUGAGUGUUUGUAUGAGGGAAUAUCAAAGCAGGGAAACCCAACACUCCUGAAUGAGAUCUACACAGAGCUCUACAUCACAGAGAGUGAAAGUGGAGAGAUCAGUAAUGAGCAUGAGGUGAGACAGAUUGAGACACAGUCCAGGAGAGCAGAAACAGAGGACACAUCGAUCAAAUGCAAUGACAUCUUUAGACCUUUACCUGGACAAGACAAACCCAUCAGAACUGUGCUGACAAAGGGAGUCGCUGGCAUUGGAAAAACAGUCUCUGUGCAGAAGUUCAUCCUGGACUGGGCUGAAGGGAAAGAGAAUCAGGACGUCCAGCUCAUAUUUCCACUUCCUUUCAGAGAGCUCAACUUGAUGAAGGACAAAACACUCAGUCUUUCAGAUCUUCUUCAUGUCUUUUUCCCUGAAACAAAAGAAAUGGAAAUAUCCAGUGAUGAAUAUAAAGUGUUGUUCAUCUUUGAUGGUCUGGAUGAGUGUCGUCUGUCUCUGGAUUUUCAGAGCGAUGUGAGGUUGUGUGAUGUGACUGAAUCAGCCUCAGUGGACGUGCUGCUGAUGAACCUCAUUGUGGGGAAUCUGCUUCCCUCUGCUCUCAUCUGGAUCACCUCCAGACCAGCAGCAGCUGAUCUCGUCCCCUCUGAGUGUGUCCAUCGAGUGACAGAGGUACGAGGAUUCAGUGAGCCACAGAAGCAGGAAUACUUCAGGAAGAGAAUCAGUGAUCAGAGUCUGGCUGACAGGAUCAUCUCACACCUGAAGUCAUCAAGGAGCCUCUUUAUUAUGUGUCACAUCCCAGUGUUCUGCUGGAUCUCAGCCGCUGUUCUAGAGAAGAUGUUGAGUGAAGCAGAGAGAGGAAAGAUUCCCAAGACUCUCACUCAAAUGUACACACACUUCCUGAUCCUUCAGACCAACAUCAAACAUGAGAAGGACUAUGAGAAGAAAGUGAAAGAUAAAGACAUGAUUGUCAAACUGGGGAAACUGGCUUAUCAGCAGCUUGUGAAAGGCAACCUGAUCUUCUAUGAGGAAGACCUGAGAGAGUGUGGCAUUGAUGUGACAGAAGCAUCAGUGUACUCAGGAUUGUGCACUCAGAUCUUCAGAGAGGAGUUGGGCUUGUAUCAGGGGAAAGUCUUCUGCUUUGUUCAUCUGAGCAUUCAGGAACAUCUAGCAGCUCUAUAUGUGCAUCUCUCCUUUAUAAAGAACUGUUCACAGAUGUUCUCUGACCUCUCAAUGUUUUUCACAUUCACUUUAUCUGACUUCCAUCAGAAAGCUGUGGAUGAGGCUUUAGACAGUAAAAAUGGGCAUCUGGACCUUUUCCUUCGUUUCCUUCUGGGUCUGUCAGUGGAGUCUAAUCAGAGUCUCUUACAAGAACUAAAGACACAGACCGGAAACAGAUCUCACAACAAUGAGAAAACAGCUGACUAUAUUAAAGAGAAGAUCAGUGAGAAUCCCUCUCCAGAUAAAUACAUCAAUCUGUUUCACUGUCUGAAUGAACUGGGUGAUCUUUCACUAGUGAACGAAGCUCAACCUCAUACAUAUGGAGGAUUACGUAAAGUGAAACUCUCCUCAUCUCAGUGGUCAGCUUUAGUUUUUGUGUUGUUGACCUCAGAGGAGACAAUGGAGGAGUUUAACCUGUACAGAUUAACUGGACACAGAAAUGAUCAUGCCGCAGUAAACACAGGAGAUGAAGUUCUUCAGAAGCUGCUGCCUGUGGUUACAGAAACUAGAUCAGCUCUGUUGAUUAAGUGUGGUGUCACAGAUGAAGGUUGUGCUGCUCUGGCUUCAGCUCUGAGAUCAAACCCCUCCUCACACCUGAGAGAUCUGGAUCUGUCGUAUAAUAAUCUCAGAGACUCUGGAGUGAAGAUAGUCUCUGCUGUACUGGAGAAUCCUCACUGUAAACUGGAGAAACUGAGGUUGAUUAAGUGUGGUGUCACAGAUGAAGGUUGUGCUGCUCUGGCUUCAGCUCUGAGAUCAAACCCCUCCUCACACCUGAGAUAUCUGGAUCUGUCUGAGAAUAAUCAAGGAGACUCGGGAGUGAAGAUAAUCUCUGCUGUACUGGAGAAUCCUCACUGUAAACUGGAGAAACUGUGGUUGAGUGAUUGUGGUGUCACAGAUGAAGGUUGUACUGCUCUGGCUUCAGCUCUGAGAUCAAACCCCUCCUCACACCUGAGAGAACUGAAUCUGUCUGAGAAUAAUCUAGGAGACUCGGGAGUGAAGAUAGUCUCUGCUGUACUGGAGAAUCCUCACUGUAAACUGGAGAAACUGUGGUUGAGGCAGUGUGGUGUCACAGAUGAAGGUUGUGCUGAUCUGGCUUCAGCUCUGAGAUCAAACCCCUCCUCACACCUGAGAGAACUGGAUCUGUCAUAUAAUAAUCUAGGAAACUCUGGAGUGAAGAUAGUCUCUGCUGUACUGGAGAAUCCUCACUGUAAACUGGAGAAACUGUGGUUGAUUAAGUGUGGUGUCACAGAUGAAGGUUGUGCUGUUCUGGCUUCAGCUCUGAGAUCAAACCCCUCCUCACACCUGAGAGAACUGAGUCUGUCUGUGAAUAAUCUAGGAGACUCUGGAGUGAAGAUAGUCUCUGCUGUACUGGAGAAUCCUCACUGUAAACUGGAGAAACUGUGGUUGAAUGAUUGUGGUGUCACAGAUGAAGGUUGUGCUGCUCUGGCUUCAGCUCUGAGAUCAAACCCCUCCUCACACCUGAGAGAUCUGAAUUUGUCUGAGAAUAAUCUAGGAGACUCUGGAGUGAAGAUAGUCUCUGCUGUACUGGAGAAUCCUCACUGUAAACUGGAGAAACUGUGGUUGAGUAAGUGUGGUGUCACAGAUGAAGGUUGUGCUGCUCUGGCUUCAGCUCUGAGAUCAAACCCCUCCUCACACCUGAGAGAUCUGGAUCUGUCUGAGAAUAAUCUAGGAGACUCUGGAGUGAAGACAGUCUCUGCUGUACUGGAGAAUCCUCACUGUAAACUGGAGAAACUGUGGUUGAGGAAGUGUGGUGUCACAGAUGAAGGUUGUGCUGCUCUGGCUUCAGCUCUGAGAUCAAACCCCUCCUCACACCUGAGAGAACUGGGUCUGUAUGAGAAUAAUCUAACACACUCAGAAGUGAAGCUGCUGAAUGAUCUGAAGGAUGAUCCACAUUAUAAACUGGAGAAACUAUGGUAUCAGAUGAUCUCUGAGUCUGAUCUUCUGAUGAUCAUCUGAUGGUGAAUAAGGAUCCACUACAGAGACUCACAGUCAACAGAAUCAACAGAGACUGAAGAUACAGUGACUUCACUGUUAUAAAUUAAGACUUCAUUUAGAUUUCAAUGAUCCUCUGACAGACAUGAUGAAGGCGGCAGUGAAACACCUUUUAUUUCAGAGCAGCAAAUUACAGUUUCUCGUUCAUAGAUUAACCAUUUUAUUUGUAUAAAGGCACAGUAUGAACUCAAAAAAGUUAGUUUUGUUACAGAGAAAAUAUAGAGCCUGAAUAUGUUUGUUUGUGUUGUACCAGCAGAGGGAGACAAAGACUAAUGAAAGAUUAAUUUUUCAUAAUUAUGAAAAGAAAAAAAAAAAACGUUCAAGCUCACUUUUGGAAAACAAAUAAUGGAAGCUUGAGUGUAUACAUCAUGUUUUUAAUAAUAGUUGUAUUAUAUUUGUAUUAAUGUAUUAAAGGGGUCAUGUGAUGCGUUUUCAUGUUUUCUCUUUCUUUAGUCUGUUAUGUAUCUGUUUGUGCAUGUAUAAGAUCUGCAAAGUUACAAAGCUCAAAGUCUCCUACAAAAAGAUUUAUUCUCUCUAAUCUCUGGUACACACUGUAUGAUUCUGGGCUGUCCCAGACGAAAGAUGAUCAUAAAAACCACAAUUACCAAA